AGCUGAGCUUAGUUUUGCAGAAAAAUUAUCUUUUUAACAGUGGCUGGUCUGGCGAAUCUAUCCGCACUGUUGUUUGUUGUUGCUGAAUAUCGCCUCUUGCUUAGGGGGAGUAGUCGUCUGCUAAUUGCUAAUAUCAGUAUAGCUCGUGAACGCCAUGUCAGGGGCUAGCAGGCUAAUAACAGUCUUAAAGGUAGAGGUGGUCGUUGACCAGAGCGCUGGUCACCGCCGCCGCCUCUCCGCUGAGCCAUCUCACUCAGAGGUCAAAUGCUGUCUGUACUGCAGGAUUGUGUAUUUGAGAGAUGGGCUCUGAAAACCCAGAGGACUUUGGGCCAGCUGUGAUCCUCGCCGAAGAAGAUCAGCAAGAAAUAGGCGGCCUGAUCAACUCUGAUGGUGAAGAAGUGGAUUUCUCAGAUCUCAGAGUGAAUGCUAUCCCUGGCAUUAUACCCGCAGAGGCUCCCUCAAAGACAUUUGAUCCAAGUGAGAAUGAAAAACCACCAUCUCUUCACAGCUGCUCAGUAUGUGGGAAAGACUUCCCUUAUGCCUCUAAACUUCAGCGCCACUUACGUACUCACUCGGGAGAGAGGCCCUUCCCUGCUCCAUGUGUGAGAAGAGAUUUCCAGAAAAGGGGCUUCUCAUGAUCCAUGAACGGGUCCAUACUGGAGAAAAGCCCUUCCCAUGCACUUUCUGUGAGAAAAGAUUUGCCAGUCAGGGGGAGCUCCGGCUACACCGGCGGACUCACACAGGUGAGAGGCCGUACCACUGCUCCAUCUGUCUGAAGAGCUUUUCUCGUCACUGGCACCUGAAAACGCACUUGGAGGCGAUGCAUUCCGAGGUUGUUGCCGGCUUUACGAGAAAGAAAUUUCCUUGUUCUGAUUGUGACAAGAGCUGUAACUCUGCAGCCGAGCUGAGAGAUCAUCAGAGGACUCACACUGGAGAGAGGCCUUUCCAGUGCUCAUCUGUGAAAAACGUUUUGCCUUAUCGGGUACACUGGUGAGACAUGAGCGUCUCCAUACUGGCAUUACGCCUUACCACUGCUCUGACUGUGGGAAACAUUUGCACAGCAGUGGACUCUGACUACACACAUGCGAACUCACACUGGAGAAAAACCGUACAGCUGCACACAGUGUGACAAGUCUUUUGUUGCUCCCGGAGAGCUUCGGAGGCACACCAGAAUUCACACUGGAGAAAAGCCGUACACAUGCACGGACUGUGGGAGGCACUUCUCACUGGCAGGAACUCUCAGAAACCACAAGCGAUCAUGCACUCAAAGCAAGAAUGAACCAAUUACAGAUGUUGUCUCAGGCCUAGUUCAAGCUGGAGUUGGUGAACCAUCCCAGCGAGAUCUGGCCAACAGCAUCAACUCUGAGGUGUCUGACAACCAGAGUUUGGCUCGUGCAGCUGAGACCCAUCCCUCAGACGGCUUUAACUGUGACAAAGCUGCUUUGUGUGAAAAUAACCACAGAGAACCAGUGUCCCAGCCAGAGGACACUACUUCCAGUCCACAUAUGAAUGUAAUCGUAAAAGAGGAGGAAGAGGAGGAGCCUUUGUGUGCAGAAGAAACUCCGGACCUGGUGUCUGGUGGAGAGGAUUGUAGUAUGCCAGACGAAACUGAAGCACGACAUCAGGAAACUAACUCAGAAAUUAGGAUUACUGUAAAAGAGGAAGAAGAGGAACCUAUCAACAUGCCGGGAGAAGAUCCUGAUCACAUUGCAGACAGUGAAAAAGAUAGUCCUCCAGCAUCACCAGAGCAGGAACAGUGCAACAACAAUGUGACAAAGAGCUCUUACUGCUGUGGGCUGUGUGGAAGAGACUGUCACAAGAUGUCUGCUCUUCAGAUCCACAUGCGAAUUCACUCGGGGGAGAAACCAUACCAGUGCACUCUGUGUGGGAAACAGUUCACCCAGAAAGGUCAACUCAAAGGUCACUAUAAAGUUCACACGGGAGAGAAACCGUUCUCUUGCCCAGACUGUGGCAAGAGCUUUGCACACUCAGGGGCCAUGAACAGACAUCGGCUCACCCACACAGGAGAGAGGCCCUACCACUGCUCUGUUUGUGAUAGGAGCUUCAACCAGUCUGGCCGCUUGAGAGAACAUGAAAAAAUUCACUUUGGAGAGAAGUUCGACUGUCCCGAGUGUGAAAAGAGUUUCACACGAGCCUCAAGUCUCAAGAACCAUUUCAGACUUCAUACAGGAGAGAGGCCGUACUGCUGCGACAUCUGUGGGAGAGGCUUCAGCCGCUCUCAAAGCCUGAGGCUCCAUAAACGAAAGCAUGAGCAGAUUCAGACUGAGGAGGAGUCUGUAGUCAGUGUGAAGAACGAUGAUUUCUCGCAGAGUGACGAUAACUCUCCAAUUAAUAUGUGUAUAACAAACAAAAAUGACUGAUGUAUUUAUGUAAUCAUAUAUGUACCAGUAGUAUUGUUACAAGAAUUUAGGCAGUAAAAAAUGAACUGAAUGAGGAGAAAGUAAGGGACUACCUCUGUGAAUAGACCACUGUUAAACUUAUGCGAUGAUUCACUCUAAAAGUAGUAAUGUUAAAGUAUUAAACUACCAGAACAGUGCAAACUAAUUUCAUAAACAGACACACACCAGGCGAUAUUCAGCAAUGAACAGUUUCUUGUAGUUUCAAACAAACAACCAAACAAUUGUUAAAUACAUACACAACUUUUGUAAAGUCUUGGAAACUGUUUUGGACAUAGUUACUCUGAUUUACCACUCUUUGUUAGAUGCAUUGGAAUAUUACACUCACAUUUAGGGUACUACAAAUGACUCAUCUAAGGUCUGUGAUUUCACUUUUAUCAUGCAGUAAUUGUCAUCAAAUUAAUGGUGUAUGUGGAAAUUGAAUUGAAGAAAAGUGUUAUUUUUAUCGGAUGUUAUAGUGGCCAUUGAAGCAGGUUAAGAAUCAAGUGACACUGGAAUUCAUUCUUUGGGAAAUUUAGCCAGUAAUAAAUAUGAAAUCAUGAUAUACAAACCACUGCACAUUACUGGUGAAAAAGUUUAGAUCUCUGUUUUGUUCAGCAGUUAUUUAAGAAGCAAGUCAUGAAUCAGGUUCACCUGAUUUUUACAAGUCUGAAAGGCCAAGUAACUGUUGUGAAUAAAAGAGUCACUCUUGGAGGCUAUGACAUAAAAAGUUUAUAAUAUGAAGCCAUGCGGACGGUAACUGUGUUCCAGUGCUGCCUCUGAUUGUAUGGGACAUGUUAUACUGAACAAUAAACAUACUAAAGACUUUA